AUGCAAGAAACACAAAAUUGCUUCUCAUCAAAUUGCAUAAAUAAGCCAGAAACUCUUUGCAAAUGCACAUUCCCAGCGACUUUUAUAUGCCUUACCCAUCAAAGUGAGCACAUAAACUCGUCAAACUUGCCUCAUAAUAUAGAGCCUGUCUUUGUCAACUUAUGCCAAGAUACUAAAGAAGCAAUACUAAACCAUCUGAUUUCAGAAAAAGCCAAUUUAGAAAAAAUGAAAACAAUCGCUGAACAAUUUUUCAUGGAAAAUGCAAAUUAUUACCAAAAUCUUCAUGAGAAAAAAAUACAAAAAAUUGAAGAAAAUUUGGUAGCAAUAAUGAGAACAUUUUCUGUAGUUUCUAAUGUCGACAAAAUUAGUAGAUAUGAAAAAGAUCCUAUUUUGAAAUCCUUGUCUUUACCUUCAUCUGAAGCUUUGGAAAUUGUUAAAAAAUCUAUAUAUAGCUGCUGAGAUUAAUUUUUUAGAUGUUUUUAAAAUGAAAUUUUGGCUAUAUUUUUUAAAUAAAUCCUAAAUUAGUAAAAAUAGUGUGAUAGCGUAUAUAAAAAUUCUAGAUUUGAUGAAAAUAUUAUUGACGAAGGUAUAAAUAAAAUGGUUGAAGAUUUAGUAGAGAGAAAAAUCAAAGAGCUAUUGGAUGGAAAAAUUCAGAUUAAUGAAGCAAGAAAUUAUUACUCAAAUAUCUCAAAUAUUGAUGAAGUGGCUAAAAAAGUUGAAGAAAUUGAAUGGAGAAUAGAUGGAAUGGAAAAAAGCUUUAAGAACACCAUUGAAAAUGCGAAUAAUCAUAUAUUCUGUUUAAAGAGGAUUAUCCAGAAUAUUAAACAACCAUUUGUCAUUUUUUUCAAAAAAAAAUUGGCUGAAUUAACCUCACUUAUAAUAAAAGACUUGAAAAACAAAGUCGAUUAUUUAAGUAGUCAAGUCAGUGAAAACAAAAAUGCAUUAAAAGAAGUAUUAAAAGAAAUAGAAAAAAGCAAACGAGAUGUGCCUAUAGCUAAGCAGCUCACUGGAUUAAGAAGAAAUAGCGACAUUCUCAACCUCACUGAAUCAGUCAGAGCAAAUCUCAGUGUUAAAGCUCUUUCUCCAGAUCUAAGACCAUUAAAAAGACAAGACAAAAGUGAUCUAAAACCUUACCAAAUUGAGCUGAGUAGCCCUACUAAUAAUAAAAAUGAUUUUUUAUCAUACUAUUCCCAAGUUUUUGAAGAACUAAACAACAGGAUGAUAUCUCUUUCCGAAGUAGAAAAUAAAAUCGACAGCAUGUUUUUAGAAUAUUUUUUAAAAAUUGAACAAGAAAUCAUGACAAUUGACGAUUUCGAAAACUUCGGAAAUUCUCGUGCAGAGCUAGAAAACGAGCUUAAAAGCUUAAAAUGUUCAGAAGAGUAUAAAGAAAAGCUUCAGUUUAUAUGUGAAUACAGCAGUGAAAUAAAAUCACUAUAUUCUAAUUGUUUAGCAAGCUAUAAUGAUGUUGCUAAAAAGUUGGAAAUACAAACGCAGGCUUUUAUUGAGAAGUAUUAUAAAGAAUUCAGCUUUGAAACUAUCAAAAAUCUAUUUAAUAUUGAUAGGCUGGGUACACUGACUAAAAUGCAUAUUUAUGAUAUAGAAUCUCAUGAGAAGCAGCAAAAAUCAAUAGAUAUUGAUGAACCAUUUAGCUCUGAUACAUGCAUAGUCCAGAUUCCGAAUUAUGGAAUUUUCUGUUAUGGGAAUUCAUUUCCGCUGACAGGAGCUGCUUGUGUUAUUAACACAAAUUCUUUUUCUGUAGAAAGAUGGCUUCCUCCAGGAACUCCUUGCUAUAACUCAGGUGGCGUAUAUUACCAAAACUCAGUUUUUAUAUUUGGAGGAUGUGAUGGCACCAAAAUAUUAUCUUAUUUUUAUUUGAAUUAUAUAUAACUCUUUUAAAAAUACUAACUCCCCCCCCCCCCCCCGUGAGCGAACAAAACCAUUAGAAAAAUCGCUAUUUUUUGACCAAAAACCCACCCUCCGUGAGCGAACAAAAAUUUUUUUAAUAGAAAAAAUUUUAAUGGAAAAAAAUUUUGAUAUAUAAGUGAUAAUUAGUAUAAUGAAAUCUAGAGCUAAUUCUGUUUAAUUUUAAACAAAUUGCGUUUUAAAACAUAAAUUUUGCAAAUUAAAUUAAUAUUUGCUUCCCAAUUUUUGCAAAUUAGGAUUUUUUUAAAUUUCGAAAAAAAUAUUUUUUAUAAAAUUUAUAUAUAAAUUUUUUUAAAAAAAAAAAAAAUUAACCCCCCUCCGUGAGUGAACAAAAUUUUUUUGUUCGCUCACGGAGGGGGGGGGGGGGAGUAAUAAAUAUUUUUAAAAAAUAGAGCCAUUAUUAAAUUUUAUAUAUACAAAAAUCAUUAUAUUGCCAUAUAAAUCAUGCAGAAAAAUUUGAUUUAUUAGAAAACAGAUGAACCAAGCUUUCGCCGCUUCCUUUUGAAUCCAGCUGAUGCUCUUGUGUUGCCUUUAAAAACUCGAUUUUCAUAGCUGGCUACCAUCUCCAAAAAAUAUACAAAUUUGAUAUUAGAAAAAAUGAAUUUCUUGAAAUUUCUUCGCUAAAUCUGAAAAAAUUCCUUUGUUGGAAAAUUUUAUUAUCUGCAAUGUCAAGACUUUAUGUCCUUGAAGAUAAUGGAUCGAUUUUUGAAAGCGACGAACUUAAUGAAAAUAUUUGGAAUAAUGUGGGAGGCUCAAACUUUGUGAGCUAUAACCAAGCUUUUAGGACAUUUUACAAUGGGAAGUUUUAUAUUAGUCUGCACUAUAACAAUAAUAUGCAUUGCUAUAGUUUUGAUCUGGGGAGAAAGGCACUUGAGGAGCUUCAUUAA